AUGUCGCGACUAAACAGCCAGGCCAAAUGGAUCAUGAACAACAAGCAAGACACGGAAAGCCUCCCCCAGCUCACAUCGACAUUGACUGAGUCGCUGGUGAGUCUGCUGCAGAAUGCUCGCUCGCGCGACAUCCUGCCUGCAAAGAGCACUCUCAUCCACGCCGUGCAGUCCUUGCCUGCACAGCUUCCAUCUCAUGGAUUGGGCUUGAGCCAUACCACCCAACAUCUUGUUCAAGACAUCGCGCCCGCUGUCUCGUCCUCCAGCCUGUCAUCAAGAUACUUUGGGUUCGUGACUGGAGGCACAACCCCUGCGGCGCGACUAGCAGACUACCUGGUCACGACGCUAGACGAAUGUCUUGCGGUACGUAUUCCAUCGGAUACAAUCGCCACCGAUGUCGAGAAUCGCGCUCUGGCAAUGCUAGCCGAGCUUCUCAAGCUCGAUAACAGCAGCUGGACGGGGUUCUUCACCCCGGGCUCGUCGACGAGCAAUCUCUAUGGCAUCGCAUGCGGCAGAGAACAUGUGCUUCGAGCACGGGGUGCCCCUUCUCCUUCUGCUGAAGGCCUUCAAACGGCCUGUGAGGCGGCCGGUGUGCGCCGCGUCCAGAUACUGUGCAGCAUGGGUCAUCCAUCCAUCAUGAAGGCCGCUAGUCUGGCUGGCUUAGGGCGUGGUACCGUAAAGCAAAUGGGACUGGCAGAUCGGCCAUGGCAUUUAGAUGUAGCUCGCGUGCAGAAGGAGCUUGAAAGCCCUGGUUUUGCUUCAAUCGUGUCUGUGUCUCUGGGCGAGGUAAACACGGGCAAGUUUGGUAUUAGCGCUGAGGAAUUGCGGCAGCUGAGGAAGCUCUGCGAUCGCCAUCAAGCGUGGCUACAUAUUGAUGCCGCAUUCGGAAUCUUUGCAAAUGUCCUACCUGGUACUCCGGAAUUCAAAUAUCUCAAAGACAUUGCCAAAUACAUUCACCUAGGUGAUUCGAUUACUGGGGAUGGCCACAAAUUGUUGAAUGUCCCAUUCGACUGCGGAUUCUUCUACCUGCGUGAUCCAAGCCGGCUGAAGGACAUUUUCAGCAUUCCCAAGACGAACUUCUCGGAAUUUGCCAUUCCUCCUGUCUACUUCUCUCGUCCCGUGCCCGCCCCAGGCGGACCAGCGAACCCGACUGACGUAGGAAUUCAAAACGCGCGCCGGUUCCGCGCACUGCCUGCCUACGCCAGUCUCGUUGCCUACGGACAGGCCGGCUACGAGGACAUGAUUGUGCGGCAGACGCGCCUGGCACGGGGCAUUGCAGCAUUUGUCCUGGACCAUCCGGCUUACGAGCUGCUGCCACACAUGCCAGGCGUAGACGACAAAUCACCGGUUUUGGAGACCGUGUUCAUACUGAUUCUGUUCCGUGCUGUCGACCCGGCGCUGAACGAGAACUUGCUUGUCCGGAUCAACGAAACGGGGAAAAUGUACGCGCAGGGGGUUGUGUGGGAGGGACAGAAGGCAAUUCGCUGCGCCGUUGCCAACUGGGCUGUCGAUGUUCAGGAGGACCUGGCCAUUGUCACGGAGGUCUUGAGAGGGGUGACCGAGCAGUGGGCGGGCAGGUCUCGUUUGUGA